AUGCAUGAAGGGGGAGAUGACGUGGGAAAUGUCGCUCCCUUCCUUGCCGAUGACGACCCUGCAGAUCACAUGGACCCGGAUGAUCAGGCUGACCGCAUGACACCUCCUGGGACCAUAAGCAACCCGGAUAAUGAUGAGACCUCCGAGUUCGCAUCACCUCUUGGGCGAAAAUUGCUAGAGGCUAACCCAUCAGGGAAGAUUUUCGGAGCCGUUGAAUUGGUAGAGCGAGUGUGCCAGAGGGCUGUGGACUCUGCUCGACCUUAUUCUUUGUUGUGCUGGUUGUUUUUUCCUGUUUGGAAUAGUGUGUACAGUGAUCUUCAGGAAAUGGGAUGCAUAGCGUCUACACCUAAGGAUGCUGGUGGAAACAGGAGGAGACCUGCAAGUAUAGGAGAGCUUUCUGUCUAUGUUCCGGGGUUUCGAAUACCUAAACCUGUUGAUUUCUCUCAGGCUCUCGGCGACCAGUUGUCGAAGAACUUAGUUGAACGACUCUCUGCUCUAAGAACCCGGAUUGUGGUUAUGGCCGGCCAAGAAGCACCGACUGUUACUAGAACACGAAGGAGAAGUGCUACACAACAUGGCGGUUCAACAUUGGCUGAUCUUCAUCAGGCUCUUGAAGAUUACUUGCCUGUUCUUUUGGGUUUAGUUAAAGAUGGUAGCCAACUACAACACAAUAUCCAAUUUGUGUGGGUAAAUCAAGAGGAUGAGGCAGAGGAGACGUCAAUGUCAAAUGCAUGGUAUGAGGUACUGUCUGUUUUGCACUUGAUGGCAGUUCUAUCAUUAUCACAGGCAAACUUGUUACUUCUCCCAAGAACAUCGGCCGAUGGUUAUCAGCCAAAAGUAUCAGAAGAAAGCAGGCGGGCAUCGGUUGACAUAUUCUUGAAGGCCGCUGGAUACUUGGAUUGUGCAGUUAGGCAUGUUCUUCCACAUUUACCUGCUGCGCUGAGGAGAGACUUGCCAGUGGACCUUGCCGAAGGAGUUCUUCGAGCACUUUGUCUACAGGCCUUGGGGCAGACCGUUGAUAUCCAACUCGGGAUGGCAAUUGAUAGUGCCAAAGCAACGCUGGCAGUGAAACGGAGGCUUGCAUGCGAGAUGGUUAAGUAUUGGCAGCAGGCUCAAGAUAACAUAAUGAAUCUUCCACUAGCAAAUGGUUGGGGAGAAAAGCACAGACUUUUCAUCAAAUGGAAAUAUGUGGAGGCAAGGGCUGGUGCAUAUUAUUAUCACGGCUUGAUCCUGGACGAAGGCAACACCGAGAAAUCUCAUGGGAUGGCGGUAGCUGCGUUGCAAGCUGCAGAUGAAUACUUCAAAGAAAGUAAAAGGUCAUGCGAGGCAUUCAAUUUAGCCACUCCCACGUCAAGAAAUCCACCACUUUGGGGAACCAUGAAGUUCCUGUCAGAGAAAAUCCCUAGAGAUACUUCCAGCAAAGUGCGCAUAAAUCGUGAUCUCUACUCGCACGAAAAGAUCAUGGAGACGGCACCUACUUUGCCAGAUUUCGCGUUAGCCCUGAAACCUGAUGACUAUCAGCUUCCUGUCGUUGAUCCCUCAUGGAACGAUGAAAACAACCGAGGGCCACCAGCUGCAAAUGCCAACCACUUAAGAGCUGAAGGCAGCUAAGAGGGGGUAUACAAUACAUUUCCAGCAAACAAGCGUAAUGCUGCACAGAAACCAAAUCGUCGAACUUCCAACACGGGUACAGCCAUCGAAAAACAGGGGUUCAACAGUUCUUCCAACAUUAUGGAGGGCACAAAAGGGACAAGAUGGUGUCAUUGUUCUUUCUCUAUUUUAGUUUGCCAAGCAAAGUUUGUUUGUUAAAGUCGCUGUUGUGUGUAAAUUAGGUCUCUUCUCUCCAUUGAAAGAACAAAAGAAAAUACUUGGUGUACUAAAUUCUAAUGCAAAUUCAAUGGAACUAUCCUUCCCAGCCACUAAAAAUUCUCCUGCGUGUAAAACUGAAAUCACAGCAAUAAGAGUUCGUUUCCUUUCCAUGCAUUGUUUUGUCAAUUAUACAUUGUGUAAUUCUACAAGGAAAUCAGCAUUCUAGUUUUUGGCAUCUCAUAUCACAGCUACAAUGGAUUAUCCAUAGUGAAGAUGACGUUCUAAUCCUCUUCGAUCAUUUCAGCUGCCUGCCUCUCCUUCUCUUGUUCCUCCAUAAGUUUGUACAGUGCUUUCUGUGUCCGUCGGUCAAGCUUCUCAAGCUUCUUCUGAACAUCCCGACGCAGGUCCCAGUUUGGUUUCUUUGGAGCAAUGUUGAGGAAAGGAUCCUCUUUCUUCUCCGGUGAUGGAGGGGCUGCUGCAAUCGGAUCUUCAAACUUUGGUAGCACUGGUGGAGCAAGCCUUCCCUCCUGAAGCUCCUUGGCUUGAGGUACAUAGUUGCGAAACUUCAAUCCUGCAUUAUCGCCAUUAGCUGUUUCGUCCUCCUGAUCCGUCUUAUCCUCGACUUGUUCUGAACCCUCAUCCGGGGUGCUCAUAAGCUCCUUAGCAGCUUUAAGAUUCAUUAGCCUCUCACGCCGCGCCACCGCAGCUUGUUCGAUGGAAUCCUCCUCACUCGUCAUUGUUUCGUUUUACCUGCAUCUCCGGCAGGCCCGCCGUCGAGCCUCUGAAACUGUAAAACUCCCUGUUAUGACUUCUGAGUUCCGAUACCGACAACUGAUUUGCUUCAGCGGCGCCCUUCGUCAGCAACUUUAUU